AUGAGUCGCCAACUGUGUCACAUGCUGGUGGCUGGUUCCUGGCUGGGGGGCUUUCUUCACUCCCUCAUUCAGAUUCUAAUCACCAUCCCAUUGCCCUUCUGUGGUCCCAAUGUGAUUGACCACUACUUCUGUGACCUCCAGCCAUUAUUCAGGCUGGCCUGCACUGACACCUCUGUAGAGGGCGUCACUGUAUUGGCCAACAGUGGAUUAAUCUCUGUUCUCUCCCUGAUGAUCUUGCUGUGCUCCUACAUCAUCAUCCUGAUCAACCUGAGGAACCAUUCUGCAGAGGGGAGGCACAAGGCCCUCUCCACCUGUGCCUCUCACAUCAUGGUGGUCGUGUUGUUUUUUGGGCCUGCCAUUUUCCUCUACAUGCGUCCCUCCUCUACCUUCACUGAGGACAAGCUGGUGGCUGUGUUCUACACAGUCAUCACCCCCAUGCUGAACCCCAUCAUCUACACACUCAGAAAUGCAGAGGUGAAAAUCGCUAUGAGGAAGUUGUGGAGUGCAAAAAAGUCAAGGAUGGGGUGA